AUGACGAGGGUGUAUCCGCCCAUCGAAACUAAGACGCAAAGCAAUGGGCUCUCUCCCUCCUUCGUCGAAACCGUAGCAGGCUUCUCCGCCGGGGUCAUCGCGACCUUGGCUGUGCACCCUUUCGAUGUGUUGAAGACGCGUCUCCAGUUGGACCAUACCCACCGCCCACAAUGGGGGAACUCCUUCCACCUCAUGCGCAAUAUCGUGCGCGACGAAGGCAGCUACGCUGCUCUCUAUCGCGGUUUGAUGCCCAACAUGAUCGGUAACUCCGUGAGCUGGGGGUUGUACUUCCUCUGGUACCGCAAUCUUAAAGACAUCUUUCAGUCCUGGCGCGGCCACAACGUGCACCUCACCUCCCUGGACUACUUCCUCGCCUCCGGCCUCUCCGGCAUUCUGACCGCAGUCCUCACGAACCCGAUCUGGGUUAUCAAGACCCGCAUGCUAUCCUCCUCGCGCUCUGCACCCGGCGCCUACCACAGUAUCUCGCACGGCGUGCGCGAGAUCCUCGCCUCCGAGGGGCUCGCCGGCUUCUAUCGCGGCCUAAUACCCAGCCUCUUCGGGGUCAGCCACGGCGCGGUACAGUUCAUGGCGUACGAGCAGCUGAAGCGACGGCGGGCAAGGCAGCUAGCCGGUGCGGGUGGGGGCGCGGGACAGGUGGGCGAGCUGAGCAACUGGGAUUAUUUGGUGCUGAGUGCGGGGAGUAAGGUCUUUGCGGGGAGCGUUACGUAUCCGUAUCAGGUCGUCCGCGCGAGGCUGCAGACGUAUAAUGCGGAUAAGGCGUAUAAGAGCGCGAGGGAUGUGGUCGUGCAGGUUUGGAGGAAGGAGGGGUUGGGUGGGUUUUACAAGGGGCUGGGACCCAACAUUGUCAGGGUGUUGCCAUCGACGUGUGUUACGUUUUUGGUGUAUGAGAACACGAAGUUCUAUUUGCCGAGGGUCUGGGAUACAGGUUUGGCGUUUGAGGCAGAUUAG